AUGACUGAGCAGCGCCCCCCACAUGCUACGCUUCCCCAGCUAUCGCCCGAACCACCGCAGUAUACUCUUCCAGAGACCUUUAACGUCGGACAACGCAGCACGCGACACCUCAUCCGCCCAGAUCAACUCAGGGCCCAUCUUCAGCUUCUGGCAGCGUUCAGCCACCUUGAGCAGCGCGUCGCUGCCAGCGAGAGCCUUAUUGCGGGAUUAGAGUCGGACAGCGAGAAACGUUGGGUAUGGUUUGUCAAUUUGGCUGUUGAACGGUUUGAGAGGUGGUGUCUGACGAUCAAGCAAUCUGACACAGUGGAGCAACAUCUGCCUCCCAUCGAUGUCACUAUGGUGUGGCACGCUUACCUUCUGAAUCCGAGGCAAGCACACACCAGGCGGAUCUCCAAACUCAAAUCUCUCGUUCAUUUCACUGAUUACUUUCCUAACCUUCUCGCUAACCCUGAUCUGUUAACCACUAACGCACCACAACAUGAACGCGUUUCUGCUUGGGAACGCAGUACCAAAUCACCGUAUGAUCCAUUCGCAUCUGCUGCGGAUCUCACACACAAAUCUAUCGAGUGCCCUUACUGUUAUCGCACUAUCCUUUCGCCGUUCUUCACGCCUGAUGGGAAGGGAUAUACCCAGAGCAACUUCACCAUCGACUGUAUAUGUGCUAAGCCGAUUACUAAAGAACUUCUCGGCCUUCACAAGUUUGUGAAAAACAUAGUCGAAUCAGAAGCACCUGAUGCAUAUUUGGCUGGAACUCUUCAUACACCAUGUAGCACCUACGACACUGCGCACGCAAUCAUGAUCAAGAAGCGCAUCCUCAACUUGAACAUCAUUUCCCAGAAGAACGAUGCGAGUGCUCGCACGCACCAGAUCUUGACAAACGUCCGGUAUGACACUGCGCUUAUGCGUCGCGCGUUGAACGUACAAUUGAAGCCAAUAUGGUGGAAUAAGAUAAUGGGUGCCUACACGGAUGACAGGGUGUUUUCACUCGAUUUGGUCGGUGCUGUCCUCCGGCAAGCCUCAUUUGUGAAGAAGAUGGUCAGCCUUGGGUGGACCAAGCCAGAAUAUUUCGCUAACGAGGUGGACGCAGUGGCACUGCAACAUUGCGUAGCUCGGUAUCACGCCUUUUUAAACAUCAUGGCAGAGUCUCCUGACUCAUUCCUCGUGCCCACGCUCGACAUCGAUCUCGGGUGGCAUACUCAUCAACUCAUGGCGAGUCAGUAUCAAAAGGACUGCCUCUCGCUCGUAGGACGAUAUGUUGAUCACGAUGAUAAAGUAGAAGAAGGUCACCUCGCGACCUCCUUCGACCUCACCUGUCGUGCUUGGAACGACCAUUAUCACGUACCCUACAUGCACUGCGGGUGUCCACUGCCAGGCGACACAAUCGGCCAAAAGCUCCGACGUCUCAUCUCCUCUCAAACCACCAGCAACAUGUUUUUACUCCCUCCUAAAUCUGACGCAUGUGCUGCUACGCACCCAAGCGAUCACAAUGCCGUGUUUGUCCUAAAUAAUACAUCCACAAGCCUACAUCACCGAGAGAACCGUACACGCAAGGCAGAGAAAAGGAAGCUGCGGGAAGAGCGGAACGGGAAGGCUGUGGAGAGAGAUGAGAAUGUUGAUCAUGGGAUUGCAUUUUUAUAUCCUGUGCCGAUGUUUCAGUACUACCCUGGUGGAUGCGUUGCUGCUGCUGGAUCGGUGAUGAAUGGAGGCUUACAGGGUACAGGCAGCUGUUCGAUUGAUACUUCACGUAGUGUUGCUGUUUGUGGGACGGGAGGUGCAGGUGCAGGUGCAGGUGCAGGUGCAGGUGCAGGUGCAGGUGGCGGUGGACGCAGAAGUGCAGGUGGCGGUGGACGCAGAGGUGCAGGUGGACGCAGAGCUGGUGGCGGAUUCAGUUGUGGAGGUGGUGGCGGCGGGUUCAGUUGUGGAGGAGGAGGUAGUGGUGGUGGUGGUGGUGGUGGUGGUGGAUGUGGUGGCGGCGGCGGCGGCAGCUAA